AUUGAUAAGGCUUUCGAAUGGGGCGCUAAGCACGGAAUCGGUAUAUUAUUGGACAUGCACGCGGCACCUGGAUCUCAAAAUGCCUUUGAUAACUCGUCACCCGCUGAAUACCCUCCUCAGAAAAAUUGGGACAAAUACGAUGCAAACAGGGGUCAAACUGUAGACUCAAUGGAGCUGUAUGCUCAGCGUUACGCCAAUCACACCGCCCUGUACGGUUUCUGUUUUCUCAAUGAGCCCAAUGGUAUGGACAUCGGAAAGUUGCAAGAUUACUAUAACCGAGCCUACGCUGCCGUACGUAAACACUCGGCCGACUCCGUGAUAGUCAUCAACCCAUUGAUCAAUGGAGAGUCGGGUGUCGAAGAUCAUUGGAUAAACUUUGGACAGGGUAUGACCAGGUUGGCCAUGGACUUGCAUUACUACUCGUGCUUUGGUGGCGGUCCCGAUCAGACUAACCCCGAUGGUGCCAUUGGUUAUAUAAACAACGACAGAAAGAACCAAAUUUCUACGUUCGCCAGUAGAAAUCCUGGAAAGAAAAUGUUGAUUGGUGAAUGGUCAUCGUGCAAUCAUUUUAAUAACCCGGGUCGCAAUGGCGAUUUUGCCAAGGCUGAGUUCAACGUGUACGACCAUGCUUCGUUAGGCUGGACAUUUUGGUCGUGGACCGCCGGAUCCGGUGAAUUGUGGUCAUUGAAAACCAAUUUCGAAAGGGGAUGGGUGCCGGCAAGGUUACCUGUUGGUUGGUGGCAGAUUUAUGACCAUGAUGGUGGUGCUAGUAAAGCCAAACUCAACUUUGACAUCAAGCACACUGACUAUAUAACCGGUGGUCUGGCAUAUAUUGAUAAGGCCUUUGAAUGGGGCAAAAAGUAUGGCAUCGGUAUCUUAUUGGGAAUGCAUGCGGCACCGGGCUCUUAAAAUGCUCAGGACCAUUCAUCGCCUACUGAAUACCCAGCUCAACAAAAUUGGGAUAAAAGUGAUGAUAAUAUCGGCCAAACUGUCGUGUCAAUGGAAUUAUACGCUAAACGCUAUCAUAAUCACCAUGCUCUGUAUGGUUUCUACCUGCUCAAUGAGCCCCAUAAAAUGGAUAUCGCAAAGUUGCAAGAUUAUUAUAAGCGAGCCUAUGCUGCCGUACGUAAACACUCCAAACACUCGCAUAUAGUCAUCAAUCCAUUG